AUGCUUCCGGAUGAUAACGAGCUACCUGUGUCCACAUACCAAGCAAAAAAAUUGAUGUGUCCGAUGGGAAUGGAAAUUGAAAGAAUACAUGCUUGCCCAAAUGAUUGUAUGUUGUAUCGAAACGACAAUGCAGAUCUACAUAGUUGUAUUACAUGUGGUACAUCACGAUACAAAAGGAAAAAUCCUACAAAAGAAAACAAUAAUAUGAGAAUGAGUGGACCACCUGCUAAAGUCUUAUGGUAUUUGCCUAUCAUUCCAAGAUUAAAACGGUUAUUUGCAAACGCUAAAGAUGCAAAGCUGAUGCGAUGGCAUGCUGAGGAGCGUACAAUAGACGACAAAAUAAGGCAUGUUGCAGAUUCUCCUCAAUGGAGAAAUAUCAAUUCUAAGUUUGAAGAAUUUGGUGUUACAAGUAUUGGCAUACCGAAAUCUCGACACGAGGGUAGACUUGUAGGAUAUGGGAUGAUUGGAUUGAAAUGGGUAACUCCAAAUAAAGAAGACUUGCAUCUGGCACAUUUUACAGUCCUACAACAUAUGACGAUCAUUGCUCCAUACGUAAACGAGCACAAAAGAUAUAUAGAAAUGUCGAAUAGUGGUAAGAGCAAAAGAUGGUUGAUUACAGAACAUAACAAAACAUUCUCACAAUGGUUAAAAGACAAAGUGAAAGCAAGUUAUGGCGUGAACAAUGUUGAUCAAGCUGUGGUACAUCUAGCAAAUGGUCCCGAACAUGUUGUGGCAACGUACCAAGCGUACGACAUUAAUGGUUAUACAUUCUACACUAAUCAACAAGAUAAAAAAAGUACACUUCAAAAUAGUGGAGUAACGUUAGAAACAUUGUUGACAUCUGAACCAUUCCCCAUGAUAGUAGCCAAACACUUAGAAUCAUCAUGA